CUCACCGACUACGCGAAAUCAAGUUGAGGUCAAAUUUCUCCAGCGAAUUGGGAAAAAAAAGCCGGUUCUGUCGCCUCCUUCCCAAUACUCCAUAUCCCUCGAAGCCCUGCUUCCCAAUUCAUCUUUCCCGGCGGAAGGGUUCGAUUUUCUUGGCGAAGAUGUUGAGGAUUGCGGUUCGAAGGAUUUCUUCACUCUCUUCUUCCCAUUUUAGACCCACUAUUGUCUCUUCCUUGCCCGGUUCUCAGAAGAUCAUCGAUGCCGGCGAUUCCGCCACUUCCAAUGAUUUCACAUCCGGCGGCUUCAUCAACACCUUCCAUUUCGGGCAUCACUUUGAUCGCAGCUGUAGAGGUUUUGCUUCUGAUGCAUUGACUUCAUCGAAGGAAAAAAACUUAGUUCCAGAUGUUCCUGCAACUGUAGCAGCGGUUAAGAAUCCUACUUCAAAGAUAGUCUAUGACGAGUACAAUCAUGAGCGAUUUCCUCCCGGUGACCCCAGCAAGCGUGCAUUUGCUUAUUUUGUGUUGACAGGUGGUCGGUUUGUGUAUGCUUCUUUGAUUCGUCUCCUUGUCCUCAAGUUUGUUCUUAGCAUGUCAGCCAGUAAGGAUGUUCUUGCCCUGGCCUCACUCGAGGUUGACCUCUCAAGCAUCGAGCCUGGUUCCACUGUGACGGUUAAGUGGCGUGGAAAGCCCGUCUUCAUCAGGCGACGAACUGAGGACGAUAUUAAUUUAGCAAAUAGUGUGGACGUUGGAUCUCUUCGUGACCCACAGCAGGACGGCGAGAGAGUUAAGGAUCCAGAAUGGCUCAUCGUAAUUGGCGUCUGCACACAUCUCGGUUGCAUUCCCUUGCCAAAUGCUGGAGAUUAUGGUGGGUGGUUUUGCCCAUGCCAUGGUUCCCAUUACGAUAUCUCUGGUAGGAUCCGCAAAGGGCCAGCGCCCUACAACCUUGAGGUACCCACUUACACCUUUUUGGACGAGAACAAGCUGUUGAUUGGUUAAGAAACCGAGCUCGUUUUUCUGGGUUUGUAGUUGGAACCAUCAAUGAUAAUGUCGAAGAUUUGUUGCAGACAUAUGUUUUUUUUCACUCGAUUCCUUUGAGUUAAUCUUGAUGUAAUGAGAACUCUGUAACUGUGGUAUCUUGGUGCAUGAAUGGAUCUUGAAUAAGUUAACUGAAUGAGUGAAUAAUACUACGAAGGAAAAUGAAAAAUGAACAUUUUGGUGUGGUGGACAAGACAUGCACAUUCAUAUUUGAUUUCUACUGGGCGGCUUCUUCUUGCCCUGUAUGUGGAAGAAGUAUCAAUGUAGUGAGAUUUUGUAAUAUUUGGUAGUAUAUUGCUAGUUGAAGUGGAAAA